AUGAAUAAAAAUGUAGGAACAAGAAACGAUGUUUAUCAACAACAGAUUAUCGAAUGCUUUGAAGAUGUAUAAAAUCAGAUUGAAGUAAUAUAUGUGAUUAAUCAAUUUACUAGUGUUCAUUCAACAAAAUGGACUUUUAUUUAGAUUCACUUGUAAAUAAUACUUCUGAUUCAUUGAAUCUAAAUACCUUUUAAAAACACAAUUUUAUACCUAUAUUGAACACUCCUUUAAUUAAAUUUGAGAAUUCAAACUUUGCUUAAUCAAUAUGUUAAGACAUAUAAUCAUAAAUCAAACUUAAUAUUAACAAUUAACUAGAAAUCAAAGACCAAUAAUUAAAUUAAACUAAUCAAUUAAAUCUCAAACCAUUCACUUAUCAAUUAAUCCCACAAUAUAAAAUUUCAUAAACUGAAUAGUGUUAUACAAUAGCUAUUAAUGAAGAUUGUUCAAUAUUAUUAGUUGGAUGUAAUUAACAAAUAAAAGUAUUUGAAUUCAAGUAAGGAAUCAC